AUGGCGAACAGAUGGCGAGGAGGCCUCGGCCACGCGAGGAGUGGGAUUGAUGCACCACCCUUGCGGGAGAUAAUCGAAGCAGCACCAGCCGACGUCAACAACGAAGACAAAAUGUGGACAAGCUGGGAUGAAGAUUCUCCUCUGCUCGAACUUUCAAAAAUGUUACAUUCACAGCCGGCAUUUCCCACAAGUCAAGGUUCAAGCUAUGCAUCUGUCUUGAGUGUGGAAGGAGGCAUGAUAAACCGACAUAUAGCUUCAGUACCACGAAACCCGCAAGUGACUGGGGGACUCCAGGCUCCGUCGAUGGAUCCCAAUCUUUUUCACGGCCCAGCAGAAGCUAGAAGACUGAUGUUGGACACUGCGCAAAAUCAAGCAAUUCGACAAAGUUGGCUUGCAUCAGACGUGGUUGAGAUCGAAGACGGCUCUUGGACACCUGUUAAACUAUUAGGGAGAGGAGCUCAUGGUGUCGUGAGCCUUUGGUCAAACAGUAAACGCAAAUUGCGAGCUCUGCCCUGGCAGGUUGUCGUCAAGCAAAGCCCUGCCAGGAAUCUGGCCUUGUUCAGGGAGAGCACUUAUCUCAAGAAAUGCAACCAGACUGGAAGUACCCAUUUCCCGAGUCUCAUCAAGGGAUUCCAUCAAGCCACCGACCUGGGAUCUGAAGUCUCGAGGAUAUACAUGGAAUUCUGUGAGAGCGGAGAUCUACAAGGGCUCAUGUUCGAUCUUGAGCGGGCUCCAAAUUCAAUGGACGAGCGAUUGGUUUGGAGAGUCUGGGAGUGCUUGGCCAGGGCGCUGUGUGUGCUUGCCUACGGUAGUGAAGACGGAACUACGACUGGUGACUGGGAAGAAUUAGUUCACCUGGAUAUCAAGCCUGCAAACAUCCUGAUCGGUGGUUACGAUGCUGGGCACCAAGCCACGCAAAUUCUCAAGGCAAGACGCCCGCUGGCUGAUCUAGGACUCGCGGAGAUUAUUCCUGGGAUACAAUCCGAAGACUUCAUGAACAAAACUAUAGGGCUCCGGGGAACGCCAGCAUACUAUCCACCCGAACAAGUCUAUCGAUUCGAAACCCCGAAUCGCCGAUUCGGAUCAUGUAGCAAUGUCUACCAAGUGGGGAAGUGCAUGUAUGAAAUCAUGAAUCAUGGCGUUGUCUCCCAGAUGAACCAGUACAGCAGCACAGCUGUCACAGGCUGCGCAAUCACGUUCGGGGUAGAGCCAGCGCGCCUGAUGAAUUACAGCAACGAGAUCAAGGAUGUUUUGAGACGCAGCUUGCUUACCGAUUGCAGAGAGAGGCUAUCGGCCCUGGAACUUCUGACCCUGCAGCCGCAUGGCCAGCUGCCGUCCCAAAUGAAUCUUUCUACGGUCAAGGAUACCCAGAGCCGGGUCGCUGAGUGUCAGUUGCGAAAGAUAUCUCUAUACAAGGAGAGGACCGUGUCAAUAGAUACCCCAGCUGGGUCGAUGUUUGCAGAUAUCGUUGUCUGCUUUCACAGCCUCUUCGAAUUUACUAUCAUGGUCUCCGCAGCCGGGCCACAGCUCAAAAAUAAAUUCAGUUGGCGAUGUCUCCUCGCCUACCUCGCCAUGUCCCUGGCCCACUGCCAAGUUGGAUACAGCACUAUUUCGAUAUCGGGCUUCCAAGUUAUGAUCGCUUUCCUCAGAACCUACGGCCAUCUUGAUCCCAGGACGAAAACAGGGUGGAAUAUGGGCACGACCCCCCAACAACUCGCUGCUUCAUUCGUCAACUUCGGCACGAUCCUCGGCAUACUCUGCGCAGGACCUUUGGGAAAGUCGAGACGGAUCAUCAUCGGGAUGCCCAACGGCAUGUUCACGACCUUCGCGAACACAUAUACGGCAGAAUGCGCCCCCAAGGGCUUGAAGGGCAAACUCGCCUCCCCCUACGGUGUGAGCGUCUGUUUUGGGGGCCUGCUUGGGUCUAUCACGGACAGCUUCACGGCUCACCUCCACACCCCCUGGGCAUACAAGAUACCCCUGGCGUGCCACAUGACGAUUCCCGGUAUCCUUGUGGUAUUGAUAACAUUCAUACCGAGAUCGCCGCGUUGGCUUCUUGUUGGCGGUAGAGCGGAUGAGGCGAGACGCUCGCUUGACGUGCUUCGCGGACGGGCAUUUGACAAGGAUACACUAGACGAAGAGGUCAGCCAGACCAGGAGCAGUGUCGACACAGAGAAGGAAGCCAUCCAAGAGCGUCGGUAUACCGAAAUGUUCAAGCGUGCAGACCGGCGAGAGACGCUUCUCUGCCUCGCAGUCACGCUGUCCAACUCAGCUUCCGGCAUCUGGCUCAUGCUCUCCUACGGUACCGUCGUAUUCCAGCUAGCCGACGUCAGAGCGCCCUUCCGAUCCUCGAUAUUCAGCAAUCUAGCACAUCUGAUAGGGGCACUGGACGGUCUCUACCUGAGCCCGAAGCUGGGACGCCGCUCGAUGCUGAUGAUAGGCCAUUUCGUUCCCGGUCUCUGCAUGCUCGGCGUCGGCGUCUCCUUCACGCUCAAGCCCGACUCGAGACUAGCCAGCAGCAGAGCUGCCGAGACCCCCAUCGUAGCACACGGCUUCUUCUACUACGCUUUCGCCUUUUCCGUCUCGUGCACGCUGUGUAGCGAGCUUGUCAGCCAGCAGCUGCGCUUCGUCACUGCCGAACUCGCCACCUGGCUCAACCACAUUACUGCCUGGCUCGUCGCCUUCAAAACGCCGUACUUCAUCAACGCCGAACGGCUGGGCUGGCGUCCAAAAGUGGCAUACAUCUGCGCCGCAUCCAAUCUCAUCAGAGGAGGUCGCGCUACACCGGAGAAUGAAAUUAGGGACUUUCUUCCAGUUCCAGAACCGCAGGACCCGGAGCUCGGCUCACACAGAGAGCAUCAACUUUUCAACUAG